UCGGGCCCGCCGAUCCCCGCUGCCCCUCGCACCGGCCGUUAUAUGAAAGUAUCCGAAAGGCAAGACUAUCGCGAGGCAGCAGAAAAUAACCCUGAACGCUGGAAACAUCGGACUGGCUGCCAGUCGUGUUGUGCGUCUCACAGUGUUAACUAGUGACAUUAAACAUGGUUCUGGACACCGAAGACUGGGCCGAUGAGCUCCCCCCAGAACAAAUCGCCGUCCUUCGUAAAGCGUUCGAUGGCUUCGACCACAACCGCUCGGGCAGCAUCCCCUGCGACUUCGUCGCUGACAUCCUCAGGAUGAUGGGGCAGCCGUUCAACAAAAAGAUUCUUGAAGAACUUAUCGAGGAAGUAGAUGCCGACAAAUCUGGUCGUCUUGAAUUCCCCGAGUUCGUGACCCUGGCCGCUAAGUUCAUCGUUGAAGAGGACGCUGAGGCAAUGCAAAAGGAACUUAGGGAAGCAUUUAGAUUAUACGACAAGGAAGGCAACGGUUACAUUCCCACGUCGAGUUUGCGCGAAAUCCUGCGUGAGUUGGAUGAGCAGCUGACGGACGAGGAGCUGGACGGCCUUAUCCAGGAGAUCGAUACUGACGGCAGCGGUACCGUCGACUUCGACGAGUUCAUGGAAAUGAUGACAGGAGAAUAAACAUCUAUAUCUAUAUACUUUUUUAUAUUUAUUUUCUAAUAUAAGUUAUCUUUACAAUUCGGUACUUCAACAUUUCGAAUCAUGGAAACAUCGAACAUCGCUCUAAUAUUAAGGUACAAUAAAGUUGAAACUUCAUUUAUCUAUUAUCUUUCAAGUAUUAUGUAUGUAUUGUACAAAAUAAUAAUUUGUUCAUGUUUAAUUGAUGCGUGUGGUUGAGUAAUGUUUAUAUCUACAUAUUAAUAAAUCUUUAUUUCUACUGU